AUGGCGGACGGGUCGAGCGCGAUGCUCGCGCGCGCGGUGACGACGUACGAGGACGCGACGACGGCGGCGAUGCACGCGGCGGCGGCGAGGGUGCGCGAGCGAUGGGGGACGACGAGGGACGCGGGCGCGGCGUGGCGGUUUUGGCUGGCGGAGGAGACGACGGUGAGCGCGCUGACGACGCCGCUGGGCGGGAGCUCGAUCGAGGUCGGCGCGAGGGAUGACUUGUCGGUGAUGAUGUGCGCGCACGACGCGCUGGAGGCGCCGGUGGGGGGGUGGGAGGGGCGAGUCGCGUGCUGCCCGCGAGCGUUCGCGGUGGACGCGCACCUGACGGUGGACGGGAAGAGGUUUGAAGACGCGCACGCGUGCGCGGGGGAGCCGGAUUACGAUCGCGAACGCGCGAUCGAGGCGGGACUCGACGAUGCGGGGCUUUACGCGAGCGAGGCGCGUGAGGCGGCGCGACGGGUGUUGAGGCGCGAACGCGACGGCGGCGGCAAACCGUGGUGCACCGUCUUCGGCUCGCGCUUCUCCGAGGGUAAUCACUUCGUGCAUUUACCGUUGAUCGCGGAUUACCUCGACGGGGCGAUUUUGGAUCCGUUUAGUAAAUCGUACGCGCACUCGCUGAUGUGGCGUUGGGCGGAGGUGUGCGAGAAAAUCGGCCCGGGCGAGCACGAGGUGACGCUGCGAUGCGCGCCGCUCGGCGUGUUCGUUCCCGCCGCCGGCGCGUGUCGUUUGGUCGGGUACGACGAAGCGAAGCACGGCAGUGAUAAGGGAUUCAAAGCGUUCUUACAAUCGCUCGAUACUGAGUACGAGACGUCGGCGAGCGCGGCCGGGAUGAGUGCGACGUUUACCAUCAAGUUGCACCCGAAUCAUUGCGCCGGCAAGAAGAUUGAGCGGCGAGCGCAAGAGUGGGCGCCGGAUUGGCCCGCGGAUGAAAUCGCGGAGUGCUACACCACGGCGCUACAGUUAGCGAAUACCGGCCCACCAGGUGCGAUGGCGGCACAGAUGACCCCGGGCGCGACGUGUUGCCACGUCGUUUUACCCACCACAGAUGGACACAGCGGCAUCGCCGAAGUCAAGGACCGCGACGGUCGAACGCUGUACCACGAAUUCCACGCGUGGGGCUUGUUCCGAGGCGUCGACGGCGAGCUGGAAGCGCGUACUGGCGCUCAAAUCAAGUUCCGCUGCGUUAAGUCGUGCGUGAACGGCGAACCGACCGGGGUGUGGAUGGCGAAGGACUACGAUCCACGUCCGUGCAACGGGCUUUUGCUGAAGAACAAAUUUAUCGAUCAGGCCAUCGCUCGCGACGAUGAGCACAUAAAGAUCCCGAGUGGCGUGGCCUAG